AGUGUCCUUUGCUGGCCCCUUGAUAAAGGCACCUCUGCCACCACUCUGCACACCAUCCCAAACUUGUCUGUCUGGCCUUGGCCGCCUUGCCACUUGACUCAGCAUUUACAAUCACGUACGUCUCUUGCACGGUUCAUUCAUCUAUCGCGGUUUUCGGUCUUCCCGGGACGUGACACAUCUGGCCCCUCGGUCGUCCGCAUCUGCCGCGCCGUAGCUCAACGACUCGAGUGUUGCUGGCCAACCACCACCCAACACAGCUCGCCCUACGAGGUCCUCAGAUUUUGUGUCCACCUCGUCACCUCCGACACGUCGCACAAUGGACUACGAAGCACUCAAGGAGCAGUGGAGCGAAGUGGAGGAUCGCGACGGCGUGCGGCUCAGCUGGAACGUAUUUCCCAGCUCACGCAUGGAAGCCUCGAGACUUGUCGUACCCAUUGGCGCUUUGUACACCCCUUUGAAGGAGAAACUGGAUACGCCGCUGUUGCAGUUCGAGCCUGUGACGUGCAAGCAGCCUUGCCGAGCUGUACUAAAUCCCUUCUGCCAAGUCGACGUCCGCGCCAGGGUCUGGAUUUGUCCGUUCUGCCUAUCAAGAAACCAACUUCCUCCGCAUUAUAAAGACAUUACGGCCAAUGCCAUUCCUCCCGAGCUUCAUCCAGCCAAUACCACGAUUGAGUAUCGACUGUCUCGACCCGCUCCCGCGCCGCCGAUUUUUCUCUAUGUCGUCGAUCUUUGCCAGGAAGACGAUGCUCUCGCGUCCCUGAAAGAGUCGCUUGUUAUGAGCCUGAGCUUGCUUCCGGAGAACGCCCUCGUUGGCCUCAUUACCUUUGGAACGAUGGCGCAAGUACAUGAGAUUGGUUACGAGGGCUGUGCUAAGUCCUACGUUUUCCGCGGAAGCAAGGACUACUCAGCCAAGCAGGUUCAGGAGAUGCUCGGUCUCACAUCCUCAGGCAUGCGCCCAGCAAUGCAACCCCAACCGGGACGCCAAAUUCCCAUGGGUCCGGCAGCGCGAUUUCUCCUGCCUGUACAGCAGGCGGAGUUUCAGCUCACGAAGGCACUGGAGACUCUGCAGAAGGACCCCUGGCCCACGGCCAACGACCGACGCAGCCUACGUUGCACGGGCGUGGCCCUGGGUGUGGCGGUGGGCUUAAUGGAAUCAUCCUUUCAGAAUGCUGGAGGCCGCAUCAUGCUGUUUGCCGGUGGCCCCGCUACCGAGGGUCCAGGCAUGGUUGUAGGACCCGAGCUCAGAGAGCCAAUCCGUUCGCAUCACGACAUCGACCGAGACAACGUGAAGUACUACAAGAAGGCAUUGAAGUUUUAUGACAACCUGGCGAAACGUACAGCUCACAAUGGGCAUGUCAUAGACAUAUUCGCUGGUUGUCUGGAUCAGGUCGGCCUUUUGGAGAUGAAGGGCCUCUGUAACUCGACAGGCGGGCACAUGAUCCUGACCGAUAGCUUCACAGCUUCUAUGUUCAGACAAUCCUUCAUCCGGGUAUUUGAGAAGGAUGGGGACGACAAUCUUCUCAUGGGCUUCAACGCUGUACUCGAGGUACUCACUACCAAGGAGCUAAAGGUCACUGGACUUAUUGGGCACGCUGUGUCUCUCAACAAGAAAUCCGUCUCCGUUGGUGAAACGGAAUGCGGCAUCGGCAAUACGUGUUCCUGGAAGAUGUGCGGCAUUGACCCCAAAGCCAGCUACGGCAUUUAUUUCGAGGUCGCCAGUCAAGGUCCCGUGUCCCACCAGCAAGCACCUCAGAAAGGAAUGAUGCAAUUCCUGACUUAUUACCAACACUCUUCGGGCCAGUUCCACCUGCGUGUGACGACUGUGGCCCGAAACCUGAGCGGUCCAGCCGGUGACCCGGCGAUUGCUCAGUCAUUCGACCAAGAAGCGGCUGCGGUGCUCAUGUCCCGAAUAGCUGUAUUCAAAUCCGAAGUUGAUGACGGCCCGGACGUGCUGCGGUGGGUGGACAGGAUGCUUAUUCGCCUCUGCUCGCGAUUUGCCGACUAUCGGAAGGAUGACCCUUCGUCUUUCCGGCUGGAAAAGAACUUCACGCUCUACCCUCAAUUCAUGUUCCAUUUGCGCCGCAGUCAAUUUUUGCAGGUUUUCAAUAACUCUCCUGACGAAACGGCUUUCGAUCGGCACGUGCUGAAUCACGAAGACGUUAGCAACUCGCUCGUCAUGAUUCAACCCACACUCGACUCGUACACGUUCGACCAAGACGGAGGCGUUCCUGUUUUGUUGGAUUCCGCUUCCAUACAGCCAACUCAUAUUCUAUUACUAGACACGUUCUUCCAUAUCUUGAUCUUCCACGGCGAGACGAUUGCUGAGUGGCGCAAGGCUGGAUAUCAAGAUCAGGAGGGCUACGAGAACUUCGCGGCGUUAUUGGAGCAGCCCAAGGAGGAUGCCAGGGAUCUUAUCACGGAUCGCUUUCCGCUCCCUCGCUUUGUUGUAUGCGAUGCUGGCGGCUCCCAAGCCCGGUUCCUGCUUUCCAAGCUGAAUCCGUCUACGACUCACACGACAGGUCCGUACGGCGGUACCGGAGCUACGUCCGCCCAAACCAUCUUCACCGACGAUGUUUCGCUACAGACUUUCAUGGACCAUUUGAUGAAGCUUGCCGUGAGUGGCACCAACUGAUUACGUAGCAAGUCAACCCUGCCUUGCAUUCAGGUCGGGUGAGUGAGUUUCCGGAUGGGCACGAGCAAGACUUCGAAUCUACGUCUGCUGUUUGGCGCCCACCCUGAGCUGCGAGCUCUGCGGGAGUAGUGUUAUAUGCUUAGCUCUCCGCGGAUUGGUUUAAAAUGUGUGAAAAUCACAGCUUCUCAGGCCUCGAGAUUCUCUGGCGCGCAAAGCAUUCUGUCGUAGGUAGCAAAAUGUGAUGGUUGUGAUUGCUGUUGAGCCACGUACUGUUGAGCUACGUACUUUCGUGGCUGGAAAUCACUGGUUUUGAGGCGCGGCACAUUAUUAGUCCUGUUUGCAUUGCUGAGCGGCGAGGAAAUCGAUGAAAUAGGCUUCGGUGAAGUUGAACCAAUGGUGCUUGGCCAUACC